CGUGUGCCUUUAAGAACUUCAGGGCUGUUCUGCUGCUCAGGAACAGGAACAGAAAGCGAAACUAACACCGAGGGCUCGCCAUCAACUGCUCAGUACUUAUCACUUAUUAACCAUUCGCAUUCACUGAACCUUGACACACGUUUAUGAAGUUAAGAGAAUUCGCAGCUACACAUCUACACAACACGCAGUGCGACGACUAAGUUGUGUUUCUCCUACAGUUUUGUGUGUCGAAGGAACUCUUAAAGAGGCGGACGGUCUGAACAACACACCAUGUCUAAAGACUCACACGUGUUUGAAGUCUAUCCUGACACAGAAGGCAUUCUGUCGGUGAAAAAAGAUCUGGAGAAGAAGUCACGCGAGGACAACGUCCUCCUCUCGAACCUGGAUUUCUCCGAGAGCGUCUUUAGACACAACCCUCUCAACAAAGCCAUGACCCUGCAGGUGAAAGGUCAGUGGCAGUGUCUGAGAAUCGGCAAAGACCACAGCUUGAUUUACACCGUGUCAUCAGAGGACCAACAAACUCGCAUCGACUGCUGCGUAUACUGCGAUAACGACAAGAUCGAAUCCUCAGAUAUUAAGAGCAUCCACUUCAGCGUGCACUCCUGCCAGAACCAGAGCAGGUCCUGUUUUACGGCAGCCAAAGCCGCACUGGAGUCCGGUGAUCAGGCCCUGAAAAUCACAUGCAACAGGUUUUCCAUCACCUACACCACUCACGGCGUACCUGACGACAUCAAACUGAUCCAAACCAAGUGCCAGUUUAAUCUGCUCAGCGUGACGGCCGAGGCCUUGCUGGAAAGGAAGUGCUGGAUGCAGAAGGAGAAGAAGAACUGUAAAGAGUUGAUCGAUUGCAUGAGUUAUCUGGUCCAGAAAUACCUCACCUCAUUCGAGGUUCCAAAAUCUAACUGCAGGUUCAUUUUACAGGGAGAUAAAGAAAUGGUUGAAAUAAUUUCAGAGGAUGAAAAUUCUGAACCGACGGAAGAGUACGUGGUGAUCUAUGAGGGUUAUUCUAAAGUCCGCGUGUAUCCACCUCUAGAGUGAAGACCAAACCUCAUGCAGGUCUCCAUCAGCUGUUCUGUUGGGAACAUGACAUCUCCAUGUCCAUCUCCAUCCAGAUGUGCUUUAAACCAGCUACAGGCUGUAGAGCGCGAGAUUCACAAGUCAAUAUAAUAAGUGUAAUUUACGUUAGUCGAUGUUAACAUUCUCUCUCUCUCUCUCUCACUCAUCUUCUACCGCUUAUCCGAACUACCUCGGGUCACGGGGAGCCUGUGCCUAUCUCAGGCGUCAUCGGGCAUCAAGGCAGGAUACACCCUGGACGGAGUGCCAACCCAUCACAGGGCACACACACACACACACACACACACUCAUUCACUCACGCAAUCACACACUAGGGACAAUUUUCCAGAGAUGCCAAUCAACCUACCAUGCAUGUCUUUGGACUGGGGGAGGAAACCGGAGUACCCGGAGGAAACCCCCGAGGCACAGGGAGAACAUGCAAACUCCACACACACAAGGUGGAGGCGGGAAUCGAACCCCCAACCCUGGAGGUGUAAGGUGAACGUACUAACCACUAAGCCACCGUGCCCCCUGAUGUCAACAUUAUUAGAGUUAAAUCUGAAGUUUUUUUGGAGGUUUUACAUCAUAAAUAUUUACACAUCCAUUGUAUAAAACUGCUGCACCAAAUCUGAACCAUUUUCCUUUAGAAACUUUUCCUUUAACUAACUGAAAGAAUGUUGUGGAGGUUAUAAAUAUCUUACUGCUGAACCAACCAGAGUGAUAAAGUUCACUUUAUUCAGAACAUUAAAAUACAUCCAAGUGUUUGAGUCGUA